CAACUUCAGGCUGCUCAGAGGAAGCCCGUGCAGUCAGUCACCUGGGUGCAAGAGCGUUGCUGCCUCGGGCUCUCCCUCUGCAGGGAGAGCGGCACUCGCUGGCCUGGAUGUGGUUGGAUUUAGGGGGGCUCCGCAGCAGGGGUUUCGUGGCGGUGGCAAGCGCUGCAACAGGUAGACGGCGACAGACGGACCCCGGCCGAGGCAGAUAUUAAGUUCUAUGAGGAUCAUAUUCAUCGACUCGUAUUUUCAGUACUCACUAUGAUGGAGACCAAAGGCUACCACAGUCUCCCUGAAGGUCUAGAUAUGGAAAGACGGUGGGGUCAAGUUUCUCAGGCUGUGGAGCAUUCUUCCCUGGGACCUACAGAGAGGACCGAUGAGAAUAACUACAUGGAGAUUGUCAACGUAAGCUGUGUUUCCGGUGCUAUUCCAAACAACAGUACUCAAGGAAGCAGCAAAGAAAAACACGAACUACUCCCUUGCCUUCAGCAAGACAGUAAUCGGCCUGGGAUUUUAACAGCUGAUAUUAAAACUGAGCUGGAAUCUAAGGAACUUUCAGCAACUGUAGCUGAGUCCAUGGGUUUAUAUAUGGAUUCUGUAAGAGAUGCUGACUAUUCCUAUGAACAGCAGAACCAGCAAGGAAGCAUGAGUCCAGCUAAGAUUUAUCAGAAUGUUGAACAGCUGGUGAAAUUUUACAAAGGAAAUGGCCAUCGUCCUUCCACUCUAAGUUGUGUGAACAGGCCCUUGAGAUCAUUUAUGUCUGACUCUGGGAGCUCCAUGAAUGGUGGCGUCAUGCGUGCCAUUGUUAAAAGCCCUAUCAUGUGUCAUGAGAAAAGCCCGUCUGUUUGCAGCCCUCUGAACAUGACAUCUUCGGUUUGCAGCCCUGCUGGAAUCAACUCUGUGUCCUCCACCACAGCCAGCUUUGGCAAUUUUCCAGUGCACAGCCCAAUCACCCAGGGAACUCCUCUGACAUGCUCUCCUAAUGUUGAAAAUCGAGGCUCCAGGUCACACAGCCCUGCACAUGCUAGCAACGUGGGCUCUCCUCUCUCAAGUCCGUUAAGUAGCAUGAAAUCCUCAAUUUCCAGCCCUCCAAGUCACUGCAGUGUAAAAUCUCCAGUCUCCAGUCCCAAUAACGUCACUCUGAGAUCCUCUGUAUCUAGCCCUGCAAAUAUCAACAACUCAAGGUGCUCUGUUUCCAGCCCUUCCAACACUAAUAACAGAUCCACGCUUUCGAGUCCGGCAGCCAGUACUGUGGGAUCUAUCUGUAGCCCUGUAAACAAUGCCUUCAGCUACACUGCUUCUGGCACCUCUGCUGGAUCCAGUACAUCACGGGAUGUGGUUCCCAGUCCAGACACACAGGAGAAAGGUGCUCAAGAGGUCCCUUUUCCUAAGACUGAGGAAGUAGAGAGUGCCAUCUCAAAUGGUGUGACUGGCCAGCUUAAUAUUGUCCAGUACAUAAAACCAGAACCAGAUGGAGCUUUUAGCAGCUCAUGUCUAGGAGGAAAUAGCAAAAUAAAUUCGGAUUCUCCAUUCUCAGUACCAAUAAAGCAAGAAUCAACCAAGCAUUCAUGUUCGGGUACCUCUUUUAAAGGGAAUCCAACAGUAAACCCAUUUCCAUUUAUGGAUGGCUCGUAUUUUUCCUUUAUGGAUGAUAAAGACUAUUAUUCCCUAUCAGGAAUUUUAGGACCACCUGUGCCCGGCUUUGAUGGUAACUGUGAAGGCAGCGGAUUCCCAGUGGGUAUUAAACAAGAACCAGAUGAUGGGAGCUAUUACCCGGAGGCCAGCAUCCCUUCCUCUGCCAUUGUUGGGGUGAAUUCAGGUGGACAGUCCUUCCACUACAGGAUUGGUGCUCAGGGUACAAUAUCUUUAUCGCGAUCGGCUAGAGACCAAUCUUUCCAACACCUGAGUUCCUUUCCUCCUGUCAAUACUUUAGUGGAGUCAUGGAAAUCACACAGUGACCUGUCGUCUAGAAGAAGUGAUGGGUAUCCGGUCUUAGAAUACAUUCCAGAAAAUGUAUCAAGCUCUACUUUACGAAGUGUUUCUACUGGAUCUUCAAGACCUUCAAAAAUAUGUUUGGUGUGUGGGGAUGAGGCUUCAGGAUGUCAUUAUGGGGUAGUCACCUGUGGCAGCUGCAAAGUUUUCUUCAAAAGAGCAGUGGAAGGUAAAUGUUCAUGGCAACACAACUAUUUAUGUGCUGGAAGAAAUGAUUGCAUCAUUGAUAAGAUUCGACGAAAGAAUUGUCCUGCUUGCAGACUUCAGAAAUGUCUUCAAGCUGGAAUGAAUCUAGGAGCACGAAAGUCAAAGAAGUUGGGAAAGUUAAAAGGGAUUCACGAGGAGCAGCCACAGCAGCAGCAGCCCCCACCCCCACCCCCACCCCCGCAAAGCCCAGAGGAAGGGACAACGUACAUCGCUCCUGCAAAAGAACCCUCCGUCAACACAGCACUGGUUCCUCAGCUCUCCACCAUCUCACGAGCACUCACACCUUCCCCCGUUAUGGUCCUUGAAAACAUUGAACCCGAAAUUGUGUAUGCAGGCUAUGACAGCUCAAAACCAGAUACGGCCGAAAAUCUGCUCUCCACGCUCAACCGCUUAGCAGGCAAACAGAUGAUCCAAGUCGUGAAGUGGGCAAAGGUACUUCCAGGAUUUAAAAACUUGCCUCUUGAGGACCAAAUUACCCUAAUCCAGUAUUCUUGGAUGUGUCUAUCAUCAUUUGCCUUGAGCUGGAGAUCGUACAAACAUACGAACAGCCAAUUUCUCUAUUUUGCACCAGACCUAGUCUUUAAUGAACAAAUGCAGAGCAACAAGGAAUUUGAGUUGCCAAGAGAGCACAUUGCAGCUGAGCUCACACAAGCGGCCACUCCACCAUCUUGUUUCAGCUUUCAUGCUAUACACUCAUCCUUUUCACAGUCUAUUUAGUGCCACAUGUUUUGCAUUUUUAUGCCUUUUGGUGAUUUCACCGUUUAAGUUGGCUGGCUGCUAGAUGUAGUGCUGAAGGGCUAGCUAGUGUUCUUCAGCUCAAGAAAGCUAUGAUGUGCCUCACAAAGAAAAUAGGUGUGUCAGAUAAUCAUUACUGAAGUGUAAGUUAUGGUUCUGCAGGCUGUAGUUCAGUGUUAACAAACCAGGAAUAUAUGUUAAGUAAGAUGUCUUUAAACAGAAAUACACAUGAAACAAAAUUAGGUAUAGAUCAGUUGAUGAAAUGUGACCAGAGGUGGUAAGGACCAUUACCCCAGACUUCCUCUAUAGGAGGGAUAGUUGUACAUUUGCUAAUUCAGUGUUUGCUGCUGUGACUUUAUAGAACAUGACUACAGCAAAUAUUUUAUCCAAUCAUCUGUUAAUGGGCAGUUUAGUUGUUUCUACCUUUGACUGUUAUGAAUAACGUUGCACUGAAUAUGGGUAUACAAAUAUAUCUUUGAGAUGCUGCUUUCAGUUAUUUCAGUACCUAGAAUUGGAAUCCCUGGGCAUAUGGUACCUCUGUGUUUAACUUUUUAAGGAGACACCACACUCUUUUUCCACAGCAGUUGCACCAUUUUGCAUUCCCACCAGCAAUGUACAAGGGUUCUAAUUUCUCCACAUCCUUGCCAGCACUUUUUUCUUUUUAUUAACUAGCCAUCCCAGUAGGCAUGACGUGGUAUCUCACUGUAGUUUUAAUUUGCAUUUCCCUAAUAGCUAAUGAUGUUGGACAUGUUUUCAUAUGCUUAUGGGCCAUUUGUAUAUCUUCUCUGUAGAACUGUUCAUGUAAGUUCUUUACCCAUUUUUUAAUUGGAUUAUAUGUCUUUUUGUACUUAAGUUGUAGGAGUUCUUUAUGUAUUAUGGAUAUUAAACCCUUAUCAGAGGCAUGAUUUGUAAAUAUGUCUCUCAACCUGUGACUUGCCUUUUUACUCUGUUGAAAGUGUCCUUUGAUGCACAAACAUUCAUAAGUGCAGUGAAGUCAAAAUCUCUUCUUCUGUUGCCUUUUCUUGGGUGUCACUUAUUACUUUUUAAUUGUUUAUAAAUAUCUGAAUAUAAAGGGCUCCAAACAAUUACAGAAUUGUAAGAAUGUUUUUUCAUAAAUGGAACUUAGGGGAAAGCACCUUAUAUUUGCAGACUGGGAAUAAUGUACUUAAAGAGGUUUGGAAAUAAAUAAGAAACAAAAAAAAAAAAAAAGAAAAGGUCAUAAAAGUUUUGUGUAUUUGUCUAUUCUAGAGAAUAUUGAUACAGAUAAAAUGGAAACAAUAAAAGAUAAAUGCUUUCUAAUAUUAAAAGUAGUUAAGUGUUAUUGAUGUAAUUCCAUUAGAAUGGACAUUUUGCUCUCUGUUCUUAAAACUUUUGACCUCAACCCAACCCAGACUUCUGUAGGGUUUCUUUCUAUCAACUAGAAAGAACAGAGCAAAGCUGUGUUUUUCAAGGGGCUAGGGUGGAUACUACUCUGGGGAAACAAUUGGAAAUUAUAUAAAGCCUUUUGGUCACAUUGCAUCAAAAAGAGAGCUCGAUGUGGCAGCUCUGUCACUGGGUACCAUGAUAGACCCUGUAUCUUUUAGGGAAAUCAGUAAGUUACAGAGCAUGCCCGAAUGCAUAUGUAUACAUGCUUCAUCUUGCAUUUAUUCCAGGAAUAUUUAUUAACUGUUGUCAGUAUUCUAAGCAGUAGUUUUAGAAUAGUGAGAGAAGAAAAUCCCUCUCUCAUAGAACAUACAGUCUACUGAUGUAUGACUGAUGUAGAGAGACAGAAAUACUGAGUUUUGUAAGUAAAAUAUAAUUGCGAUAAGUAUUGAAAGGAAAAGUGCUCUGAGAGCAGUUAAUUGGAGAGAUUGAUCUAGUCAGGAAAGUCUUCCCUGGGAAUGAUUAAACUGGUGUUCCCCAGGUGAAGGAAGUAUAUGAGGAGGAAAGUUGAUCUAGCCUGAGAGACCAGCAUGUGCAAAGGCCAAGUGACAGGAAGGAACAUGGGCCUUCAAUGAACUGAGAGCAAGACCGUGUGGCUGGAGGGGAGCCUAAGGCCAGGUCCUGUGGGUUUCAGAGGCCACAUCAGAGACUUGGCUCUUUAUUUUAAGAGCAGUGGAACAGCCAUUGAAUUAUUCUAAGUGAUGGGGUGGCAUUUCCAGAUUUGCUUCCUGAAAAGAUCCCUCUGAAUGCAGAAUGGAAAAUGGGUUAGAAGUGAGUCAGAGCAGAUCUUGGGAAACCAGAUCUUAUGAUGGGAAUUCAGGUGAUAGUGUAAGGUGAAAUCAACAAGAAUUGCUAGUGGUUGGAUAUUGGCAAGGACUGGAGUAGGGGAAGAAUUAGCUGUCUAGGAAGACUUGCAAGCCUCUGCCAUAAGUGCCAGGAAAGAUUUGGUGCCCCUCACUGGGAUGGGGAAUAAGGGAAGAAGACUCAGGUUUGGAAGGGCAGGGGAGGGGAGAGCCUGGGACCAAUUUUAAGGGUAAGAUUGACUUGCCUUUGAAAAAUUAUCCAAGAAGACAUUACAUAGGCAGUUAUUUCUACAGGUCAGAAACUAAAGAGGUGUCCUGGCUAAAGUUAAAAAUUUUAAACUCAUUUUGGAAGUAGUAGUUAAAAGAGGAAUGUCGUGACACGGAUCGCAAGGAAAGAGAUGACUUUAAGAAAGGAGAUGCGACUACCCUAUCAUGUUUUAUGUUUUUGUGAUCCCAGUGAGGUGUGACCUAGAAAACUCAAAGUAUGCCUCAUGCAUUGCCUGCCAAUGCCUUAUACAUUCAUAUCUUCUGAACAUGUUCUACGCUUUCCCUGAGUCAUUACCUGUGCUUUCAUACCCUUCCACAACGGCAAAGGCAGCAGUCUGGCAUUUUGUGUAAAGCAGUAGUGAUGCAGCUCGCUUGAGGGCAGAGUACACCGAUGUGGUCCUUGCUUGCUCCCCUACCAACCCUUGGCUGUUUACACCACCUCCCACCUGGUGUUGCCAGCUCUUAAGUGCGUGUAUCUCUGCCUUAUUUCACUGGCACACCUCAUUGAAGUCACACACUCUGUCUUAAUCAUUUUUGAAUCUCUAGCAGCUGGCAUUGUGCCUGAAUCAUAGUAGGUACUCCAUAAAUAUUUGCUGAAUAAAUGAAUUAUUGAACAAAUGAACCAAACAAUCUAUUAAUCAGUCCGAAAGGGGCUUCCUAAGUUUACAUUUCUAAUUAUGAGGAUGAAGUUUAUGAUGAAGUGGGAUGCAUGGCCUUCCUGAACAGAGGCAUUGCAAUAUUUAAAACAGAGGAACAAAACUUUGGGUUUACCUUCAGCUGUGACACAGAUCUGAAAGUUCCCAAAGAUCUUUUUCUCUGGUAUUAGCAUCACUGGAGAUGGAGGAAAGGUGGGAAAUAGGGAAUAAUAAAGGAAACAUUCUUUCUAAUUUUUUAUUAAACAUUGGGGUGAAGAUAUUAGUUAAUACUUUAAAUUAACAUAGAACUUUUCUUAUUAUAAACUCAAAACUUUUCAAAUGUGUAUUAAAUGAUUAAUUAUUCAAUUUUACCUUGAAAUAGCUUAUCAUAUAUUGCUACAGAUUGCUGCAAGUAUUCAAAUUUCUUAUCAAUUCACUACACAUAUUAAAACUCCCACUGAAGCCUGUAAUGACUUUUUUUUUUUUUUCAUUUUUUUUAUAAGUUCUGAAAUGAAGGUUCAGUAUUACUCUUUUACAUCUUGGCUGAUAUUUUAAAAUUAAACAUAUAUUAAAGACUUGCUUAUACUACCUCAAGUAGUAGCCCAGUAAAAAAUGUUUUUGAUGAUCUUUUACUGUCCUCAGCGUCUGAACUUUGGAUUGUUUUGGUUCACAGACUGUUGGCGAGAGUGAGAGAGGGUUGAAGUCUUAGUGGCACUUCAUGUGACUUCCACUAAGGUGACUUCCACCCACACCAUCCUGCGUCUGAAGCACUAGUUGUGUGAGGGCAGCUCCAUUAGAUGAGUACACAACUCAGUUGCCAUCGGCUACUUCUUCUCAUGUUUUCAUGGGGUGCUACCUGUUUCUUUGUGUCCCCCGUCGCUGGAUUAGUUUGCUGGCAUAGUCCAGUUGUCCUCAGUGAGGGUUCUCCCCGGGCCAUCCUGCCAGCAUUACAUUGCCAAUGAGGUCCCUCUGUACCUAACAUUCUGAAGCUCCAUGAGGCCUGGCUUCCAAAUGGGUUGUGUGUUCCAAAGUCUGUCCCACCGUGGUGGAGGCUGGGAUCAGAGGAUCCUCAUGGAGGCCAGGAGGGGGUCGGAGGUAUGGCGAGCCCCAGCGUCCCUUCCCACAGGGAGUGGUGGAUCUUCCUGAGCCACUGGAGGUGACUUCUGUGCCUGGACCCUCACCCCAGCAGGGUUAGGGCCAGCGAUAGUUGGGGGACAGGAGUUCUGAUGAGAGGAGUCAGGGAUGUAGGAUGAACCUGAUCAGCUCCUCCUUCAAUGGCUGGUUUUGUUCUUCCUUCUCUCUCCCCAGCCCACUUCCCCUUCUCCUUCUUUCAAGUUAGGAUUUCUUACUUCUCCUUGGCUCACUGGGAAACUGUUGUGUGAUUUCUGCAGCUUCCAGUGUCUGACCCUCCUCCCUUUUCUUCUCACUUCUCCCUGCUCCUUCCUUUCCUUUCCCUUCUGUUACUCCCCUCCUUCCUUCUCCCCUUCUCUCUCCUUCUUCCACCUCCCACUGCCCCAUACACCCCUUUUCCUUCCACUGAGAAACCUACUCCUGAGAUUUCCAUUGUUUUUUUUAAUUUCUGGGUAAGUAUGAGGGAAUGAAGUUCAAAAGAAGGAAACAAGUCUUCCUUCCAUGCCUUAUUUUUCCGUUGGACCCUAUGAAAAACCAGACCUCGCACCAGCAGCUAGAGGGCCAAGGCCUGCAGCCCACGGCCUGACCAUGAAAGCAGCGCCCCCUGCAGGUGGCACACGUACUGCCGGCCUCGCCGUGGCUGCACUGUUCCCAGCGGGGAAUCUGUCUGGGCCUGCAGCAACCUUAAUUCUUGCCUCCUCAGAAGAAAGAAUUUGACUGAGGGGCAGAAGGAGAGACUAAGGCGAAUGUUACAUAGCAGGAGUGAAAGUUUAUUAAAAAGCUUUGAGCAGGAAUGAAAGGAAGUAAAGUAACCUUGGAAGAGGGUGAAGCAUGUGACUUGGGAGAUCAAGUGUGCAGUUUGAUCUUUGACUUGGGGUCAUAUAUGUUGGCAUGCUUUCUGGGAGAUUGCGUCCCUUCUCCCCUGAUUCUUCCCUUGGGGUGAGCUGUCCGCAUGCGGGGUGGCCUGCCAGCAUUUCGGAGGGAGCAUGCGCAAUGUGUUUACUGGAGUUCUAUGCAUGCUCACUUGAGGUGUUCCUCCCUUACCAGUCCAGAAUUCCUAGAAGGUCAUACCACCUGAACUCCGCCAUUUUGCCUCUUCAUGCGCAUGCUUGAGCCCACUCACCCAGCUCCUGAGAUCUUAUCAGGAAGCUGCUUAUCACCGGUUUCAGGUUUUUCUAUCUAUUAGGAGACUGCCUUUCCCUGGCACUGGCUGACACCAAUUAUUAUUUUAGAGAAACAGUAUAACAACUGCCUGACCUGAGGGUCACCUGACAUUCUUGAUGGCAGUAAGAGGGACCUCUCCUGCCCUGCUCAUGUCUGCCUGACUACCUACUGUAACACUACCACUGCCUAUUUUGCAUCUGGUUCUCUUCAUUCCUACCUGGCCCUUGGAGACAGUGGAGCUCAAGACUCUUGAAUAAAGAAAAGCAACGUCAUAAGUAGAAAAUCGUUGAUCCUUAUCUGCAAAGGACAGAAGCACUCCAGAAUGGAAAUUGUGUUUUUACACAAAAGUAGUGUUUAGAGGCCAUAUUCCCACCUGAAGGAGGCUAGACAGAGUGAAGAACUCUAGGGGAAGGAACAAUGGGGCUGGAGGAGGUUUUAUAAGCUAUAAACAAGAACAGUCAUUUAGUUAUAUACAGGGAAAGAGGAGAGGUAGAUACAAGUCCCCAAAACCAGAAUGAUUUCCUUCCCUCCUUUCCCCUACUUCUUUUUAAAAUAGUAUUUAUUCCUUUUUUUCAGUUUAUCAUAGUGAUAGGGAUUACAGUUGGAGAAGAAAGCCACUUCUAGCCAGGCAUGGCACCUCACACCUGUAAUCCCAGCACUUUGGGAAGCUGAGGCAGG